UAUCUCUGAUCAUCAACAGUUGGCAACGCUGAAUCUAAGUUACAGUUAUUAAAUGCGAUUGUUUUCUUACACUAAAUUCCAAAACCCGCUUCAGAAAAUUCACUGAACAUGUCGCAGCAAUUGGAUAUUAACUGUGAUUCACUUAUUGAGAUAGCGCCCAGUGAAUGGAACAUUUUACUCAAUCUCUAUGCGAAGAAAAAAAGCGAAUCUUCUGGAUAUCCGUUAAUAAGCAAUUACAUCAAAUGGAAGGCCAAAGAACCCGAUUUGGAUAUUCAAUGUUUAUCACUAAACGGGGACUGGCAAGCCGACGGCACUUUUCUAAUGAUUGUUGGCAAUCGAACCCAGCGAAAAAUGGUGUUCUUUAAUACACUAAGCGAGAGUCUGGAGCGUUUGACCAAGGCGCUGCUCUGUUUGCCAUCUGGAGUUGUGGAAUAUCUACUCCAUGAUUAUGGCCAGCGUCUUGUGCCCGCAGUCGAUGCCUACAUUAGAAAAUGUGCCAACCGACAGCUGCAAACAACGCAAACAGCUUGGUACAAAGCCAGCAAAGAACUUGUUGCUACCUUCUCAACGGAGUAUGAUUUUAAAAGCCAUAAAUUAACCAUUGUAUCCAUUGACGUUUCUAUGCUUUUAGGCCAGCUGCUGGAAUCCAGUUGCGCAGCUUGA